CACGCGCAGUACUCGGCUGCCGGUCUGCGGCGGCCACGGCAGAGCUGGGGGCGGACUCCUGCGCUAUGGCCGAGGGGAGCGCGGAGGCAGUCGCAGUCCCCGUCUCCGGGGCUGCCAACGGCCUCAGCAAUGGGGCAGGCGGGCCCUCGGCGCAACCCAACAACCCGCUGUCGCGGAAGCUGCAUAAGAUUUUGGAGACGCGGUUGGACAACGACAAGGAAAUGUUGGAAGCUCUCAAGGCACUUUCAACCUUUUUUGUUGAAAAUAGUUUGCGGACUCGAAGAAAUUUACGUGGAGAUAUUGAACGCAGAAGUUUAGCCAUCAAUGAAGAAUUUGUGAGCAUUUUCAAGGAAGUGAAGGAAGAACUUGAAAGCAUAAAUGAAGAUGUUCAAGCAAUGAGUAGCUGUUGUCAAGAUAUGACAAGUCGCUUACAGGCAGCAAAAGAACAGACUCAGGAUUUGAUAGUAAAAACCACUAAGCUUCAAGCUGAAAGUCAAAGAUUAGAAAUAAGAGCACAAGUUGCCGAUGCUUUCUUAUCCAAGUUCCAACUAACUUCUGAUGAAAUGAGUGUUCUCCGAGGUACAAGAGAAGGACCUAUUACUGAGGAUUUUUUCAAGGGAUUGGGAAGAGUAAAACAGAUUCAUAAUGAUGUCAAAGUUCUCUUGCGUACAAACCAACAAACAGCAGGUUUAGAAAUUAUGGAACAGAUGGCCUUGCUUCAAGAAACAGCUUAUGAAAGACUUUAUCGAUGGGCUCAAAGUGAAUGCAGAACAUUGACACAAGAAUCAUGUGACAUAUCUCCAGUAUUAACUCAGGCAAUGGAAGCCCUGCAGGAUAGACCUGUCUUAUAUAAGUAUACCUUAGAUGAAUUUGGAACAGCCAGAAGAAGUACAGUUGUCCGUGGAUUUAUUGAUGCUCUUACAAGAGGAGGCCCAGGAGGUACACCUAGACCCAUUGAAAUGCACUCCCAUGACCCUUUAAGAUAUGUGGGAGAUAUGUUGGCUUGGCUCCAUCAAGCUACUGCUUCUGAAAAAGAACACCUUGAAGCUCUCUUAAAGCAUGUAACUACACAAGGUGUUGAAGAAAAUAUUCAAGAAGUUGUUGGGCAUAUCACUGAGGGGGUGUGCAGGCCUCUAAAGGUUCGAAUUGAACAAGUAAUAGUCGCUGAACCUGGAGCGGUUUUAUUAUAUAAAAUUUCUAACCUCCUAAAAUUUUACCAUCAUACAAUCAGUGGCAUUGUUGGAAAUAGUGCUACCACAUUGUUGACUACCAUUGAAGAAAUGCAUUUGCUAAGCAAAAAAAUAUUCUUCAAUAGCUUGAGUCUUCAUGCAAGUAAAUUAAUGGACAAGGUUGAACUCCCACCACCUGAUCUUGGACCAAGUUCUGCAUUAAAUCAGACACUCAUGUUGUUGCGUGAAGUUUUGGCAUCUCAUGAUUCUUCAGUUGUACCAUUAGAUGCCCGUCAAGCUGAUUUUGUGCAGGUUUUAUCGUGUAUCUUGGAUCCUCUCCUUCAGAUGUGUACUGUGUCAGCGAGCAAUUUAGGCACAGCUGACAUGGCAACUUUCAUGGUCAAUUCACUAUAUAUGAUGAAGACAACAUUAGCUCUAUUUGAGUUUACUGACCGACGUCUGGAAAUGCUACAGUUUCAGAUUGAAGCACAUUUGGACACACUUAUAAAUGAGCAAGCUUCUUAUGUUUUAACUAGAUCAGGAUUGAGUUACAUCUAUAACACCAUACAGCAACAUAAACCUGAACAGGGUUCUUUAGCUAAUUUUCCCAACCUAGAUUCUGUGGCACUGAAGGCUGCAAUGGUUCAGUUUGAUCGUUACCUAUCAGCUCCAGACAACCUGUUAAUGCCACAGUUGAACUUCCUUCUAAGUGCCACAGUGAAAGAGCAGAUCAUCAAACAGUCUACUGAAUUAGUCUGCAGAGCCUAUGGCGAAGUGUAUACUGCCGUGAUGAAUCCAGUCAAUGAAUACAAAGAUCCAGAGAGCAUUCUACACCGAUCGCCGGAGCAAGUGCAGACACUUCUCUCCUGAUUAUAUUAUUUGAAUGUUAGAAAAUUAUUGCAUCCCUAGAACACUGAAGGUUUUCUUGGUAUUUAGUCUGUUAAUCUUUACUUUGAAAUUUGAUAGUUACAGUUUUCUAUGUGUCAUAAUAUUGUAAGUCCCCAUAAUUACUUUCUUUGGUCACAAUAUUGUGGAAUUAAGUAACAUACUAGUAUGUUGACCUGAAUUAGUGUUGCUCCAUUUCUACUCUCUAUGUAGAGAUGCUCUGUUAGCUGUUAGCUACCUCUCCAGCUCUGUAGUGUCCCCUCUAUUCUGGAAUAUGAUUGUAUGUAGUAGAUGAAGUUAGAGGGAUUUUUUUUUUACAAGAUUAGUUUUAAAUUAACUAUAUGUAAAAAAUUAGAUUUAAGAGUUAGUAGGAGGAUAUGACCUAACAAAUGUCUCUUUACCUAAAGAUUUGUUUGCUUUCUCAUUAGUUAUGUGAGUAUUUAAACAGUGUGAAUUCCACUCUGUGUAUCCUUGGGCUUAAUUCAACGUGAAGUUUAGCACUUAGAAUAGGGUUUAGGUGUGUAGCAUUCUGUGCUGCAUGUAACUCUAGUAUUUAAAGAUAGAUAUUUGUUAUACAAUGUGAACUAUAAAUUCAACCAGGCACAAAUUUUGUCUGAUGUUCAAACCAAAGAAAUAAUGACCUACUCUUAACAGUAGAAGAAAAAUGCCAGAGUAGCAAUUGCUAAUUGACAUUAAUUGAUAUCUAUCUCCAUGGUGGCCCCUUACCAAGAAUGAUUUGGAUUCUCACUUUAGAACUUUACCUAUGAGUAAUAUUGAAAAUCACUGUGUAUUUUUAAAAAAUAAAUUUCAGUGUUUCAUGUGACCUUGCUUUGUUGGUAAGAUUUUGAGAAUACUUCUUAUUAACAAAAUAUCUUAAUUUCUGGUAAAUCAACCAAAAGAAGUCUUAAAUUAUAAAUUAGAAAACCAAAGCAUAGGAAAGUUGACUACGUUAAGAUAUUUUGAAAAGUAGUAAGAUAAAAUUAACACUUAUAUUAAAAUAUACAUAACAAAUUAGUAUUUGCAGGACAUAGCCUAUUCAUCUCUCUGAAAUUUAUAAUUAUUUAUAUUAAAUGAUUCUCUUGGAGCAAGAAGAUUAUAUAUGAUCUCCUUUGUAUAUUUUUAAACUUUUUCCUUCAAUAACUUUGUGUAAUAUAUAAAACAUAGAAAAUAAAGUAUGAUGUAAAUCAAGA